CGGCCGUGAUUCGUCGGAUUGGCCUAAAAGAGCCGAGUUUUGGCGAGUUUUCUCGGAUUUGCUCGGAGAUUUUGAUUUCGUGUGUUUUGUAUGACGAUCGGUGGAGAUCGAUCCUGUGUGGAUGUUUCCUUUGCGAUUCACUGGGAUUUGUCUCGUUGGACAGGAGAUCGGGGUUGAUUUCUGCGAAAUUUCAGUGUUUAUCGCAGCGAUCCCGCUGGUCUCGUGCAAAUUCGAACUGUUUCACGAGCAAUUCCUCCGGAACUUGGAAUCUAGUUUCGAUAUUUACGAUUAACGGGUAUGCUUGAUCGUAAAUAUGCUGUUUAUUGAGGCGCACGGAUCCUUAAGCAGAUUUAAGGGGUAUGUCACAGAUUCAUUGUAUCUGAAUUUUGGUUUUGGAUACGGAUUAUGGAUGCAUUGCUGAUGCUUUAUUGCUAUGGGAUAAGUUUCGUGAUGGUUUAAAUCUUUGGGAUAUGGUGUCUCAGAAGAAGUUAGAUAAUGGAUUCGGUGGUUACCGGCUUCCUCCUAUUCUACACUUUCCAAAAUCAACCAAGAGAAAGCGCUCGCCAAGAAAGAAACAUGAUGAUGAUCAGUCGCGUCUUUUUGAUUUGCUUGUCGAAGUAGCUGGGAAGUUGUCAUCAAAGAGUGAGAAUUCUACUCUCUCCCCAUGCUGCAUUAAUGGGACAUAUAAGAAGGUGGUUAAACGGGAUUUGUUAUGCACCGAAGAGGCACAGAAAUCUGAAACUCCUGAUUUGUUAAGCAACACUGUUUUAGCCCCUGAGAUUGUCAUAAAAAGACAGGCGACUUAUGCCUCAAAGGAACUCCCACAAGCUUCAGUACCAGAAUAUUCAGAACCCCCCUGUCUUUCUGUGAAGUCUAAGAUACAUGAUUCUGCUGCUGGUGGAUUGGUGGUCUCAAAAGGUGGAAUUGGAUGUUUUGCUUAUACUGACACAUGCAGAUCUGGCUUGAUAAGGAAGUCUUCUGUUAUCACAGAAGUUGAAGAAGAAAAAGCUGAGUUGACGAGAGUUGUGAAAUAUGAAGACCAGAUGACUCAAAAUAGGUCAGAACUCAAUUCUAUGGAUAUGUACUGCUUGGAGGAUCCUAUGGGCUUGGAUGUCAAACCUCCUGCUCCAGCUAGUUCCGACAGUAGUGCUGAAGUUCCUGUGUGCAGGGAUUAUCCCUGUAUUAGUCCAAUGCCCAAGCAUGAAAGUGGCAUGGAACAUAUUGUACAUAAAGAUGAUGACGAUAACUUUUCUGGGUGCACUCUCCCUAGUAGUACUACUAAUAAGGUAUCUUGGCCGACAAAUUGUACAGGAGAUCAUGGAAAACGGAGGCUUUCCACAUCAAAGUAUUGGAAAACCGCCACUAAUAUGUCAAAGUAUGGUCAGAUUUCUCAUCAUGAUCCAAAAAGGAAGGCCUUUUUACAUGGGAAGCAAAUGUGUUACACCCGUCAAAGAACACACAGAAGCUAUUUCAAGAGGAGGUUUUUUGAGCAUCGCUCUGCAUCAACAUCAAAUGGAGGAAUAUUUAGAAUGGAGGUUUCCAAUAUGCAUGAGAAGAACAACAACAAUGUAAAAAUGCAUAAUCCACAUGGAACUGAUAUUCAAGCAGAUGGUGCAACAUCUACUAAAGUGGAGCAAAGUUCAUAUAAAUCAGUGAAAUUCAGCAUAAAAUCUUUUAAGAUUCCAGAACUUUAUAUCGAGAUACCUGAGACUGCUACAGUAGGUUCCUUGAAGAGGGCAGUUAUGGAAGCAGUCACUGCUAUACUUCAAGGUGGACUGCGGGUUGGUGUCAUCCUUCAAGGAAAGAGGGUUAGAGAUGAUAACAAGACUCUAUGCCAAUUUGGUAUUUCUAAUGGAGAGACACUAAAUAGCUUAGGAUUCACACUGGAGCCGACAGAGACUCAAACACCGCCAUCACUAACAUGUUCUAAAAAUUCCCAUAUUCUGUGUUUCAAUGAUGCUGUUGAACCAUUAGCAAGGAUACCUUCUAUAUCUCUUCCUACAGACCAGGAUUCCUCUGCUGCCUCUCUUCAACCUGUAGUUACCACCUGCCCUGAAAGUGAUCGUGAUUCUGUUCACUCACCGGCUGAUGCAUUAUCACUAGAUAAAACAACUGAAAACAAACUGGUGCUGGUUGCUCUCCCAGCCACGAGCGUUGGAGCACUUGCUGUUGUUCCACUCUGCAAGCCGAAGCGCCUUGAGCUUGCUCAGCGACGAAUCAGGAGACCCUUCUCUGUUGCUGAAGUGGAAGCACUGGUUGAGGCAGUUGAAAAGUUUGGAACUGGAAGGUGGAGAGAUGUCAAGCUUCGAGCAUUUGACAGUGCAAAACAUCGAACCUAUGUUGAUCUCAAGGAUAAGUGGAAGACUCUGGUGCACACAGCCAAGAUCUCCCCGCAGCAGCGGCGCGGUGAACCGGUCCCCCAAGAACUGUUGGACCGGGUUCUCGCAGCCCAAGCCCACUGGUCUCAGCAGCACGCUAAGCUCCAGAUCAAGGAAGAACCCGUCUGCUCCGACCCAAAGCAGCAGCUCACUUCAUCUUCCUUGCUGGAAGAAACCUGAGAAGUUGAUUUGUCAAUGUAAAAUUCCUCAAAAAAACUGAAAAAAAGAACAAAAUUAAAAAUAAAUUAGUCCUGUGUAUUACUAAUACUCUCUCACACCAUCAUUCUUUUCUAAGCCAGGAUUAUUUCCCCUAUUUUUAUUUUGAAAAGGGGCUUUCUUUGGCUCAUGAUGUACAUGGUUGUCCAGUGAUCCAGGGAAACCCACAAAAGCACUGAUGGAAUAAGAAAACUGUUCUCA